GCUCCCAGCCUCACAGGCUGUGCUGGCCGAGAGGAGCCCAGGCUGCCUGGAGGCUCCCGUUCCCCCGGGCCGCCGGGGACCUCUCUGCAGAGCGGGGAGCGGGGCUGGGACCCGGGACACCGGAGCCGCCGCCGGGAUCCCCCCGCCCGCCCGGCCGCGCCGCUGAGGAGCGAGCGCUUCGCGCUGAGCCCUUCUGGGCCCCGCCGCGGCCCGUAGGCGCCGCUGCCCCGGAAGCGGACGGGGCGCUGGGACAUUCAAACGGAGCGGAGCGGCCUCGGCGCCGAAGUUUGGGCCUUUCGCUGCACUAUGGAUCAGCUGGGGCCUGUGAGAAGUGCAGCUUGUGCCCAAGGUGCCAAGGAGGGAGUGAGCAAGGCUGCUGCCUCCCAGAAGAGCGCCUACGCCAGGCUCCUGCAGAAGCACCACAGCGGCCGCUUCCAGUCCUACCUGAACCACAUUGCUCAGAAGAUGCAGCUGGAAGAAGGCUUCUCCAAUGACCCCAGCUUGGAUCUGGACCUGCCUCUGAGGAGAGGCCUGGUGAAGGAUAAUCCCGUCAGGAAUGGGAUAAACAUGCACAGCUAUUCACCAGUCAGAACAUCUCACCUGGAGCAGCCCCUCCCUGGGUUUGAGAACGAUAAACCCCAAAGUGCUCUGAACAGAUGUUCUCUUAAAAAAAAUGCCAUUGUGAGUCCAGAGGGAGACUUGGAAGUGGAGGAAGACUAUUAUGUGUAUCAGCGUGGAGCUGCAUCUGGCCUGUUAAAUGUGAGUGACAGCCUUGGUGGGAGAGCAUCAAACAGCCUGAGACACCGAGGGGCUCUGCAGAAAUCUUCUGGUUCUGAUGAGAGGGAGGAGGAGGACAUGUGGAGGAAGAAACACAAGAAACGAGGCAGAUAUCCUGCCAACACUGAUACAGCAGCUGGACACUUGUUGACUGAACAGUUUGUUGAGGAUGUGCUGGCAGUGAAUGCCAGAAAAAACAGUCACUUGUCUCCAGGGCAAGCCCAAGGUGCAGAAAAAAGAGGGUUUGCAAGGACCAGAAACAACUCUGAAUCUGCAAGAACUCCCCAGAACUUCGAUAGGAAGAGGCAACUCUCUGAAUCGCAGACAGAAACAAUGAACAAUUCAGACAGCAGAAUAAAUCCCAGACAACUGGGAACUCCCAGAGGAGGAUCCUAUGCUAUUGUCCCAACAUCAGGUGAAAGAAAGAAUCUAAAUAAACCUACUCGAGGAAGGAGGAAGAGUAUAUUUGAAGCCUACGUGUCAAGGGAAGAUGUUUCAGCAGGACUGAAAAGGGGAGAGCUAAUUCAGGGACCCUUGAGAAUAAAUCCUAAGAAGUACCAUGAAGCCUUCAUUCCAUCUCCAGAUGGGAGCCGUGAUAUCUUCAUUGAUGGAGUGGUUGCUCGCAACAGAGCCCUGAACGGUGACAUCGUGGUGGUGAAGCUGCUGCCCAGGGAUCAGUGGAAGGUAAUAAAGCCAGAUGGUAGUGACAAAGAAACAGAAGUCACACAUGAAUCAGAUGUCCCUGAGGAUAUGCUGGGGACUUGCGUUCCACAAGAGACAGCGAAAGGCGAUGCUCAGAGUCCGGAUGUCAUUAUAGAAGCUCAAUUUGAUGAUAAUGAUGCAGAGCAUGGACAAGACCACUUGCAGGAUAUGUUGACUGAUGACAUUAAGAACCUUUCCCUGGAUACUGGUGAAAAGGGGAAGGCUGCUGGGGUCACUGGUGUGCACAGAACAAAGCAGGAUGAUGGACCCAAGGUCAAUGAUCCCAGGCUCCUCCCAGAUGAGUUUCUUCAAAGGACAGCCAAGGUGGUGUAUAUUUUGGAAAAGAAGCAUUCUCGAGCAGCUACAGGUUUCAUCAAACUUCUGGCUGACAGGAACAGUGAACUCUUCAAGAGGUGUGCCAUGUUCUCACCUGUGGACCACAGAGUGCCCAGGGUCUAUGUGCCCUUGGCUGAUUGCCCUCCAGACUUUGUGACCAAGCCUGAGGCCUAUUCACAGAUGCUCUUCAUCUGUCGCAUUGUGGACUGGAAAGAAGACAGCAACUUUGCAUCAGGGCAGUUGUGCAAAAGUCUUGGACAGGCUGGAGAGAUCGAGCCGGAAACAGAAGGGAUCCUGACGGAGUAUGGUGUGGAUUUCUCUGACUUUUCCCCUGAAGUCCUGGAAUGUCUUCCCCAGAACCUGCCCUGGGUUAUCUCACCAGCAGAGCUGGCCAAAAGAAGAGAUUUAAGGAAAGAAUGCAUUUUCACCAUCGACCCAUCAACUGCCAGAGAUCUUGAUGAUGCUUUGUCCUGUAAACAACUCCCUGACGGGAACUUGGAAGUGGGAGUCCACAUUGCAGACGUGAGCUACUUCGUACUGGAAGAGACAGCACUGGAUAAAGUAGCAAGUGAAAGGGCCACCAGUGUCUAUCUGGUGCAGAAGGUGAUCCCAAUGCUUCCCAGGCUGCUCUGUGAGGAGCUCUGCAGUCUCAAUCCCAUGCGAGACAGACUGACGUUCUCUGUGAUUUGGAAAUUGACUCCGGAAGGCAAGAUCCUUGAUGAGUGGUUUGGGAGGACGGUCAUCUGCUCCUGCGUGAAGCUCAGCUAUGACCAUGCACAGAGCAUGAUUGACAGCCCUGGGAAGGUGUUGUCACCUGAAGAGCUCCCCCCUGUCUCACCCCAGCACUCGAUAGCCGAGAUCCAGGAGGCUGUGCUGAACCUGCACCGAGUCGCGCAGCGCCUGCGCAAGCAGCGCUUCACCGAGGGCGCCCUGCACUUAGACCAGAUGAAGCUCUCGUUUACCUUGGACCAGGAGAGUGGGAUGCCUCAGGGCUGUUAUAUCUAUCAGUACCGGGACAGCAACAGGCUGGUGGAAGAGUUCAUGCUGCUGGCAAACAUGGCCGUGGCCCAUCAGAUCUACCGCUCCUUCCCCGAGCAGGCCUUCCUGCGCCGCCACCCCCCGCCCCAGACCAAGCUGCUGAAAGACCUCAUGGACUUCUGCAACCAAGUCGGCCUCGACAUCGACUUCAGCAGCGCGGGGACCCUGCAUAAAAGCUUAAGUGAAACAUUUGGUGCUGACAAAUAUUCCAGAGCAAGGAAAGAAGUGCUGACCUACAUGUUCUCCAGGCCCAUGCAGAUGGCUCUCUACUUCUGCACCGGCAUCCUGGAUGACGAGACCCUCUUCCACCACUACGCCCUGAACGUGCCCUUCUACACUCACUUCACGUCCCCCAUCCGCCGCUACGCCGACAUCGUGGUGCACCGCCUGCUCUCCGCCUCGCUCGGUGCCAGAUCCCCCAUCAAAAUGGAGAAAGAGGCCAUCCAGAAGCAGGCAGAUCACUGCAAUGACCGGAAGAUGGCUUCCAAGAGGGUGCAGGAGCUCAGUGCUGACCUCUUCUUCUCUGUCUUUGUCAGGGAAUGUGGUCCUCUGGAGUCAGAAGCCAUGGUAAUGGGUGUCCUGAGCAAGGCCUUUGAUGUCCUGGUGCUGAAGUUUGGAGUCCAGAAGCGCAUCUACUGCAAUGCGCUGCCCUUGGUGGACUUCCGCUUCCAGAAGGCAGGGAAGAAGCCAGAGCUGACACUGCUGUGGGAACCAGAGGAGCUGGAGGAGGAAUCUGUGCCCCAGGUGAUCACCAUUUUCACGCUGGUGGAGGUGGUGCUGACGGCAGAUGGUGGCCCCCUCAAGUACAGUGCCCUGCUCAAGAGGCCAAGCUUGGACAAGUGAGAGCCCUGGCUGUGUGUGCUCCCCACUGCUGAUGCUCCCUCAUCUCCCAGGCCCUGCUCCAGCACCUGCUGGAGACAGAAGGGACCCACAAGGACUUUGGGAUUUUGAGUCUUAAAACCAUUGUGGUUUUAUUUCUGGUUUGGAUUUUAACUCUGCCUGGGAGCAGGGCUAAGGGCUUGAGCCUGCCCCAGGCAGAACAUUUCUACUCUUGGGUAUUUUUAGCAUGAUGCUUUCUUAAUGUUUUUUUUAAGGCAGUGGUGUCUAUCUGCAGCUUCAGUGCCCGUGGUGAGGGCUGAGAGAGGGGAUAUGUGUCCCCAGGAGCAGAGAGGGGCUGGCUCCACCAUCCCAAGUGGGAUGUGGAUGCAGUGGGAUGCAGCCAUGGGGCCAUGCAGGAGGGUUUCUUGCAGGGUUGUGUGUCAUGUAAUAAAGUCGGUCAGCAGCUGUGUGUGGA